GAAUGAGAUAAAAAUAAAAUUAGAUGUGUUGGGGUUGCGUUGACAGUUGUUGUUUUUUCUACAGUGGCGCCGACUUCCGGUUGAAGUAUGGAGCAAACAGAAUAGAAGAAACCGGAAACGGGGCUGAUUUCAUCUCUUCUGGACCGAUCUUCCGAUAGUGAUGGCUUCGACGGAGGGUCUGGUGCCCAUAACUAGGGCUUUUCUCGCCUCCUAUUACGACAAACACCCUUUUACUCCUCUUUCUCCUGAUGUCACUCGACUUUCUUCUCAGAUUCGUUCAAUGGCUAAUGAUUUCCUCACUCAACAUCCUCCUACCCAAGGAGAAGGCGUCUUAAUUGAUGAAGCUGACCGGCUACCUCCGCAUAAAAUUGACGAGAACAUGUGGAAGAAUCGAGAGUAUAUUGAAGAAGCAAUUUUUUUACUUGAAAGUUCUAAUUGGCCAGAAGUGCUGAAGCAGCAGUCCACACCUGACAGUGCUGAGUUUGCCCUUACAUUUGGGCAGCUGAAAGAUAAACUUCAUAAUACAUUGAAGGCUAUAGAAUCUUUCCAAAUUAAAAAUGCUGAACAUGUAUUUAACACAGUUAUGACAUAUUUGCCUCAAGAUUUUCGAGGAACGCUGCUAAGACAACAACGGGAACGCUCAGAGAGGAAUAAGCAAGCAGAGGUUGAUACUUUGGUAAAUUCUGGUGGUAGCAUACGCGACCGAUAUGCUUUACUGUGGAAACAACAAAUGGACAGGAGAAGGCAAUUAGCCCAGCUUGGGUCUGCAACAGGAGUCUAUAAAACACUUGUGAAGUACCUUGUUGGGGUACCUCAGGUAUUACUUGAUUUUACUCGCCAGAUAAAUGAUGACGAUGGGCCCAUGGAGGAACAGCGUCAUCGUUAUGGACCACCCUUGUACAGCCUCACCUCUAUGAUUCUUUCUGUUCGACUCUUCCUUUCAAUAUUGUGGGCACGAUAUGACACUAAGAAGUUUGUGGAACACUUUUGUAUUACCCUAUCUUCUCUCUCUGUGGUUGACAGAAAAAAGGAACAGAUUGCUAUCUUGGAACAAGCUGUUAAUGUCUACACCACAGAGUUGGAACGGUUUUUGACAUUUAUAGGCGAGGUCUUCGCAAAUGCACCAUUCUUCAUUUCAGCAGAUGUUGUUGGUGCAUUGGAAGCAGGGAAAAAUGAUGACUACAAAGAGAUCCAUAUUCCAGCUGGGAAAACUUAUGAGGUUUUGCUCUCUGUUGAUGUUGUAAACUCAUACAUUGCAUGGGACUUUUCAUUGGUACAAGGCAAAAUAAAUAUGGAUAUUGGAUUUAGUUUGGAGUUUGUAAGUCCUACUGGGGAAAAAACACUGAUGUUACCAUCCCGCCGAUAUGAGUCUGACCAAGGAAACUUCUGCACGUUAAUGGCUGGAAGCUAUAAACUGAUUUGGGACAACACGUAUUCAACCUUUUUCAAAAAGGUUAUACGGUACAAGAUAGAUUGUAUACCUCCUGUGACAGAGCCAGUGCAGUCCGACUCGAGCAAGAAUGCAGGAGAAGUUGAGGCAGGAUAGCUGAUUCGUUUUCUGUUAAUUUCAAUCUUAAGAAGAAAAUGUUCCAAUUACUCAUGUCAAGAUUGAUAUACACCCUAUUUAUUUGUGAAGGGAAGAGGAAAGGAACCGAGAAAAAUUUAUCUUCUGUAUAAUAUUGUUAUGCAUAUGCACUUAGUUAUUCUGUGUGGUUGAAGGUUGUAGCCUGUAGCACGCUGUGAUUGUGUUAAAUGGGCACAAGUAACCCUUCUGUGAAGUAAUGUAUAUUUUACAUUUAUGCCAGUAACAUCAUCCCAUGGAAACCCCAAAUGGUGAUAGGUUAGAAUCAA